AUGCUCGAAUAUUAUGUCCAGCGCGCCAAGGGCGGAACUGGUUUCAUCGUCACCGAGGGAACGCUCCCAUCGCGUCAAGGGACCGAAUGGCCUAACGCACCUGGUAUCUUCAACCAAGCACCUCAGUUACCACCGCCAUCACGCGGUUCUCCCCCCGCGGGGUACCUACUGGGUACCCUCAGACGUCUUGCUGAGGGUACCCAGUAG